GCUGCGCUGGAGGCUGCGUUCGGCAGGCGCUGCGAAGACGUGUGCAGGAGUGCGCCCCCCGGACGCUGCAGCCCCUCGCCGCUGCGGUCACCUCGCUUCUCCGCGCCUCGGUUGGGACCCGGCCAGCCCGGGCGCCGCGCUGCCGCCCGGACCGGCCCUCCAGCAGCUCCCGGCGCCCGGGACCCCCGCCCGGCCGCUCGCCCGUAGCCCGCCGGCCGCACAAGUCCCCGGAGCCGGGCCUAGGGCGGGCGGCGGCUCGGCGUGGCCGGGCUGGGCUCGGCGGCGUCCCCAUGGCCGCGGCCGGCUGGCGGGACGGCUCCGGCCAAGAGAAGUACCGGCUCGUGGUGGUCGGCGGGGGCGGCGUGGGCAAGUCGGCGCUCACCAUCCAGUUCAUCCAGUCCUAUUUUGUAACGGAUUAUGAUCCAACCAUCGAGGAUUCCUACACAAAGCAGUGCGUGAUAGAUGACCGGGCAGCCCGGCUAGAUAUUCUGGAUACAGCGGGACAAGAGGAGUUUGGAGCUAUGAGAGAACAGUAUAUGAGAACUGGCGAGGGUUUCCUGUUGGUCUUUUCAGUCACAGAUAGAGGCAGUUUUGAAGAAAUCUAUAAGUUUCAAAGACAGAUUCUCAGAGUAAAGGAUCGUGAUGAGUUUCCAAUGAUUUUAAUUGGUAAUAAAGCAGAUCUGGAUCAUCAGAGACAGGUAACGCAGGAAGAAGGACAGCAGUUAGCACGACAACUUAAGGUAACAUACAUGGAGGCGUCAGCAAAGAUUAGGAUGAAUGUAGAUCAAGCUUUCCAUGAACUUGUCCGGGUUAUAAGGAAAUUUCAAGAGCAGGAAUGUCCUCCUUCACCAGAACCAACACGGAAAGAAAAAGACAAGAAAGGCUGCCACUGUGUCAUUUUCUAAGAAUCCCUUGAAUUUUAGCUACCAACUGCCAGGAAAAGCCCUCAUCUUCUCCUUCUCUCCUUACAGUUUACAUCACGUUGGUACCUUUCUAGCCUUAGAUAAAUGAUCACCGUGGUAGCCUUAGACCAAGAAGCUGGCUAAUCCUUUCCAUGAAGCUAAUCCAAUGGUCAGUCAAGACAGAUUUAAAGGAAACACUAAGGCUGCUUCAAAGAUUAUCUGAUUCCUUUAAAAUGGAUAUCUAUAUACACAGACACAUUCUUUUUUUAAGGGCUUACUUUUAAUAGGGAUGGAUCAGUUUUGGAACCUAAGCUGUUUGCCAAGCUGAAGUCACAGGUUGUGAAAUAACUUUUAACUUCUGGAAUCAUAUUGCCUACUGUUACUCUAAAUAGAAACAUAGGGAGUUUUUUUAAAAUGUGAAUUUUUGCCUAUCUCUAAAAAUUUUGAUGUCAACUUUAGUUAACCUUAAAUACACUGAAUUGAAUCCACAAAAGUGAGACAUCUCAGACCUUUACUGAUGCUAUAGCCUUUUGUUUUCCAGUGGCCAAAAUACCAAAAUGCCUACUGUAUUUAUAGGUUAAAAACUGCGUGUAAAGCCUUUACUAUUAUUCCUAAAGAUAAUAUUCUGUGUGGCCAAAUAUUUCAACUCAUUCUGGACUUAGGCAUUUUAGUGUUCUUGGUUUUUUAAUUUAACUCUUUUCACAGCCAUGUUGAGAGUAAAAAUAAAUAAUUUCUGUCUGU